UACAUCAGCGACUUCACCCUCCCUGGACAGAAAAAAGAUGAGUCUUUCGACACCAUCAUAAACACACGAAACUGAAAAUAGAUUUUAAAAAGUUAAAUCAAUGGUACAGAAAAGUAGUAUGUCCAGGACGCCUUCGACCUCAACCCAGGAGAUCCAAAUGGACAUGUUCGACCAUCAUCCACACACACAGGGAAAGUACGCCAAGAGGAAGAGCCGAUUCAAGCGCUCAGAUGGAAGCACGUCCUCUGACACCACCUCCAACAGCUUUGUCCGACAGGGCUCUGCAGACUCCUACACCAGCCGGCCGUCGGACUCAGACGUGUCCCUGGAGGAGGAUCCCGAGGCUCUGAGGAAGGAGGCCGACAGACAGGCGCUCGCCACACUCGAGAAAGCAAAGACCAAACCAGUGGCGUUUGCUGUGCGGACAAAUGUCGGUUACAACCCCGGCCCCAGUGAUGAUGUACCUGUGCAGGGCAUGGCCAUAUCCUUUGAAGCCAAAGACUUCUUGCACAUUAAAGAGAAAUACAACAAUGACUGGUGGAUCGGGCGUCUGGUGAAGGAAGGCUGUGAGGUGGGCUUCAUCCCCAGCCCCGUCAAACUGGAGAACACUCGUCUGCUGCAGGAGCAAAGGAUGAGACAGAACCGUCUGAGCUCCAGUAAAUCUGGAGGAAGCUCCAGCCUGGAUGUUGCCACGGGAACCCGCAGGCCCACCCCACCUGGCACAGGUGGCCCAGCUAAACAGAAACAGAAGUCGAUGGAGCAUGUCCCCCCCUAUGACGUGGUUCCCUCCAUGAGACCCAUCAUCCUAGUCGGGCCGUCACUCAAAGGCUACGAGGUGACAGACAUGAUGCAGAAAGCGCUCUUUGACUUUCUGAAACACAAGUUUGAGGGCAGGAUAUCCAUCACACGGGUGACAGCGGACAUCUCCCUGGCCAAACGCUCAGUCCUCAAUAACCCCUCCAAACACACCAUCAUUGAGCGCUCCAGUACCCGCUCCAGCCUGGCGGAGGUACAGAGUGAGAUUGAGCGCAUCUUUGAGCUGGCCCGCACUCUCCAGCUGGUCGCUCUGGACGCAGACACCAUCAACCACCCCUCUCAGCUGGCCAAGACCUCCCUCGCUCCCAUCAUUGUCUAUAUCAAAAUAGCCUCACCUAAGGUCCUGCAGAGACUCAUUAAAUCCAGGGGGAAGUCCCAGGCUAAACACCUAAAUGUGCAGAUGGUGGCAGCAGACAAGUUGGCUCAGUGCCCACCUGAAUUGUUUGACAUCAUCCUGGAUGAGAACCAGCUGGAGGACGCCUGCGAGCACCUGGCUGACUACCUGGAGGCCUACUGGAAGGCGACACACCCCCCAAGCAGCAACCCUCCCAACCCUCUGCUCAACCGUACUAUGGCCACGGCAGCUCUGGCCGCCUCCCCUGAGCCCGUCUCCAACCUGCAGGGGCCGUACCUGGUGCACGGCGAGCAGAAGCGGGACGGGCCCCUGACGGAGUGCGGUGGGAGCGGCACUCUUCAUGACUAUCAGACAGACAUGGGAGGAAAGCCUCAGCAGCAGCAGGCAUACCUGCGCUCCUCUCGUGGCCAGCUACGGGGAGGGAGCGGGCGAGGCCUGUCACGACAAGACACCUUCGACUCCGAGACCCAGGGCAGCCGGGACUCUGCCUACACCGAGGCCGGCGACUCCUGCAUGGACAUUGAGACUGACCCCUACGAAGAGCCUGAGCCCUACCGAGGGGGCGGGGGCAGCCGCCUCCACCUGGCGCAGCAUCACGGCAGACAGGCGUCCUGGGAAGACGAAGGCGCAGAGCCGGACCAAGAAAACCUGAACCACCCUCCGAUGCCGAGCCAGACGCAGCCGCAUGGACGUGCCAAGCUGAGGGAGCGUUACUGCCAGAACCCUGUGGACACAGGGGCCAACAUGAGCCGCAACAAGAAUCAGGACGACUGGGGGAGGGACGUCUACAUCCGCUGAACACAUCAUAGGCAAGCAAGCUCCUGGACAGACUGAGGACGGAGGGAGAUGAGGGGGGGGGGGGGCUGAAGUCUGGAUUUGGGGCCAUGCCAGUCAGGCUAACAAAUUAAUCUGUUUACAUCCCAGUACAAUGUAAAGAAAUACAUCAACUGCCAGAUGCCAUUCUCAUCGAGGUCUUCUUGCAAUUCAAUUUAUUUAUGUUUAGAAAAAUAAUAUUGGUCUGUUUUUUGUUUCUUAUGUUAAUACUGCAUGAAUAUCAUGGAUUUCUAUACUGACAGCACGAGGACAGUAAUAGUUACGAUUGUGAAUCUACGAUUGUGAUCUGUAUGACUCGAUCUCUCCUUCAGUUGUAGAGUGUGAAGGCUGGUAGAGCUGUAGUCUGUCAUGUCUGUCCUCUGCAGUCUUAAACAGGGUCUAAAGUCACCGUCCCCAUGUAUGUACAGUGUCAGGGUUCUUCUUCUUCUUUACCUUAAUCUCACUCCGUGCUUUGGGAUUUCAGGGUUUCCUCCCGCAAUGAGAUCCAGAAGUCAUGAGUCUCUCACCUCCACUCUCUUAUCACCCAGACCUUAAAAAGCCGGUGGAGAAGUUGCCAUAUUUUAACAUGAAAAUUUAUCGAUGUUGCUACACUCAUGUCAGCUUGAUAACAGCAAAGAAUACACUCCAAAGACGUUUACUUCUUCCCUGAACUGGUUCAGCCACGUCUGACCCAGUCCUCCCUGUAUCUGUUUUCCCCUUCUUCGUGGGUGCUGAGGGCACCUGCAGUAUUCACUUGUUCUCUGGUUUUCUAACUUGGCGCAGACUCAAAGCAGCGCUGCGGUUGUAGUUGUGUGAAUGAAGUGUCCUGCCUUAGUCACUCCCCAGAACCUAAAACACCCUUAAUUCAAGAAAACUCCAAUCACAAGUGCCGGAAUGUCUCACCAAGCCAUGUCCACCACUGCCACGGUGGGAUGUCUUAACUCUUGUUACACUCGUUUUCAUACCAUAUCUGUGUGUCUCCGUGUCUCACUGUGCCCAUGCUGUCGCUCCAGCACGUCGCUCAUCUCGUUUUCUUUGCAACAGCUUCGUCGUCUGUUUUUCAGGGCUAAUUGUUAUAUAAAAAGUACUUGUGUGUGGUUACUCACUCCCAACUUCCACCAAAACAGCUUAGCUUGUCUGAUAUUAAAUACCACUCUCUUCUUACUUAUGAUUUCGGACUGAAUUAGUGUUGUUUUUUUCCUGUGCAAUUUUU